CGGCAUACCUGAGCGGCGCAGCCCAAUCAAGGCUUUGGUGGGCGGGGCGGCGGGGGUGAGCCGCCUCCGUGCUCUGAGGAGAGACUUCUGUGGUGGAGGUUGUUGUCGGCGGCGGCAGAGAUGGAGCCGUCGGGCUGGAUGCGCGCCGGGAUCCUCCUGCUGUUGGCGGCCCCGCUCUACGUCCGCGAGCUCCGCUUCGGAGCGGGAGCGCCGCCGCGGGUCCGGCGGGCCGAAUCCGAGGGAGCGUGUGGCCCGCGAGACGGCGGCUUUGAUUUGGAGGUGCUGGGCAACAGCACCCACCAGCGUGUCUUCAAUGAUCUCAGUGGCUCAGUGACUCUAUCCUGGAUUGGUGACAGCACUGGGGUUAUUCUUGUGUUGACCACAUUUCAGAUACCUCUGGUGAUCAUGAGUUUCGGGCAGUCUAAGCUCUACAGAAGUGAAGACUAUGGGAAAACUUUCGUAGACAUUACGGAUCUCAUUAACAACACUUUCAUCCGGACAGAAUUUGGAAUGGCCAUUGGACCAGAAAAUUCAGGGAAGGUGAUACUGACGGGGGACAGACCUAGACCAUACCAUACAGGAAGAAUAUUUCGAUCAUCUGAUUUUGCUAAGAACUUCCAGUUGACAGAUAUUCCUUUCCAUCCUUCAACUCAAAUAAUUUAUCACCCUCAGAAUUCUGAUCUGUUGUUGGCCCUCAGUAUUGAGGGCAGUCUGUGGGUAUCUAAGACCUUUGGUGAGAAAUGGAAAGAAAUACACAAAGAUGUUUGCCUGGCCAAAUGGGGCUCUGGCAUGACCAUUUUCUUCACCACAUUCCUGAAUGGCUCUUGUAAAGCUGAUCUUGGGUUACUUGAGCUGAAAAGGACCAAAGACUUUGGGAAGACAUUCAAGACUAUAGGAAGCAAAAUCUACUCCUUUGGUCUUGGAGGACGCUUCCUCUUUGCAUCUGUGAUGACAGAAAAGGGCAAUACAAGACGAAUCCAUGUGUCACUGGAUCAUGGAGAAACCUGGAACAUGGCACAACUUCCUUCAGUUGGACAAGAGCAGUUUUACUCUAUCUUGGCAGCUAAUGACGACAUGGUGUUCAUGCAUGUAGAUGAGCCUGGAGAUACUGGGUAUGGGACAAUUUACACCUCUGAUGACCAAGGCAUCAUAUAUUCGAAGUCCCUAGAAAGGCAUCUCUAUACCACCACAGGGGGAGAGACGGACUUCACCAAUGUGACCUCCUUGCGAGGCAUCUACAUCACUAGUGUGCUCUCAGAGGAUAAUUCCAUCCAAUCGGUGAUUACCUUUGAUCAAGGAGGGGAGUGGGUGCACUUGAGGAAACCUGAAAAUGCCAAAUGUGACUCAACCGCCAAAAAUAAGGAAAAGUGCAGCCUUCACAUCCAUGCAUCUUACAGCAUCUCCCAGAAGCUGAAUGUACCAAUGGCUCCUCUGUCUGAGCCCAAUGCUGUUGGAAUUGUCAUUGCUCACGGAAGUGUUGGGGAUGCCAUUUCAAUAAUAAACCCAGAUGUUUACAUUUCGGAUGAUGGCGGCUACACCUGGGCACGGAUGCUUGAAGGACCCCAUCACUAUGCCAUCCUGGAUUCUGGGGGCAUCAUUGUGGCUGUUGAGCAAACGGAUCAUCCUAUCAAUGUGAUUAAGUUCUCCACAGACGAAGGGCAGUGUUGGCACAACUAUGUUUUCAGUAAGGAUCCUAUGACGUUUACUGGCCUGGCAUCAGAGCCAGGAGCAAAAUCGAUGAAUGUUAGCAUCUGGGGAUUUACAGAGAGCUUCCUGUCUCGUCAGUGGAUCUCGUAUACUAUUGACUUUAAUGAUCUUCUAAACAGGGAGUGUAUGGAGAAGGACUACACCAAGUGGUUGGCUCACUCCAGCAAUCCCAAUGACCCUGCAGAUGGCUGCAUAUUGGGCUACAAGGAGGAAUACCUACGCCUUCGCAAGUCAUCUUUCUGUCAGAAUGGCCGAGACUACGUUGUGACCAAGCAACCAUCUGUCUGCACUUGCACAUUAGGUGACUUCCUCUGUGAUUUUGGCUACUACCGCCCAGAAAACCAUUCCAAGUGUGUGGAGCAGCCAGAGCUGAAGGGGCACGACCUAGAAUUUUGUCUAUAUGGGAAGCGAGAGCGGCUAAAGACCAGCGGAUAUCGGAAGAUCCCAGGAGACAAAUGUGUUGGCGGGGAAAAUCCCAUCCGUGAAGAGACUGAUCUGAAGAAAAAAUGCACUAGCAACUACUUGAACUCAAGCCAGCUGUCUACUUCCUCCAACUCCACUCCAGUCAUCCUGGCUGUAAUAGGCUUGAUGCUUAUGACUGCUGUAGCUGGAGUAGUCAUCAUUAAGAAAUACGUUUGUGGAGGAAGGUUUCUGGUUCACCGAUACUCUGUCCUGCAGCAGCAUGCGGAAGCGAACGGCUUUGAUGGCGUUGACACACCAGAUGCCAAUAAAACGGGCUACCAUGAUGAUUCUGAUGAGGACCUUCUGGAAUAGUGAUAUUGCAGAUCUAACUAGAAUUGGAUUCACAUGGAUUUAGAUGCUGCUACAGAAGGGCACGAAUGCAGACGGUUCAUUUUACUUCUAAUUUGAAUGCCUUUUCUGUAUCCAAGGGAUUCUGUGUUCCUACUGCUUCCAUCAAACUGUCUAAAACCAAGAAGGCUGCAAGAACUGCUUUGGGUGGGUGGGUGUAGAAGGGGGAGAUACUUCAGCUCUGAAUAAGGAAGAAGGGAAACCUUUUUUUAAAAAAAAAUGUAACUUUGUUUUAAUCAGAUUUCUUUUUCCAACUCUUAAAGGAAAACUAAAUAGGAAUGUGAAAGCAACAUUUCAUUAAAUAUUAGCAUUACUAGGUACAACAUACCUUGCUACUAGGAGAAGGCUCCAAAUCCCUGGGUGGGGGACAUGUUCCACUCCAACACUGUGAUGACACUGCUUUGAAGCUGUUGCAGUGUGAGCAGCACUUCUCCUAGCAAGCAGGGCAAUGAGAUGCUAUGGCAGGGACUGAGAAAGCUAACCUGCAUCCCGGGGCUGUGUGCCAAAACAGGGUUGCUUUUCAUUUUCACUGAAAUGUAAUCAACUGGGCAGAUGUGUGCCGUGCAAAGCAGAGAUUAUUCCAAGGCUAGGAGCAACUCUGUAGCUCUCCGAUUCCAAGGAACUAAACUGUGAAAUCGGCAUGUGUGUUGCCAUAAAUCUAAAAAGCAAAAGCAUGGGGGGGGUUUAAAUUUAUCAACUGUAAGACUAAGUAUACAGAUAUUUCAGAAAUAUGACUUGUUUAGAAUGUUAUGAAGGAACAGAAAUUGUUUGCUUUAAAUCGGGUUCUUGAAGGAACGUUUCUUUGCGCUACCAGCAGCACCAUGAUGUUAUUAAGUGUUUCUAAUUUUCAUUAUAUUUUUAGAUUAUACGUAGAUCAGUGGUUGCUACACAUGCACCGCUUUGCUACUGUGUUUUUCCGACUUCUGUUCAACAACACAGUUUGACUGUUAUGUGCCAUGUGGAAUCAUAACUAUUUCUCAAUAUUUUUUGGGUUCACAGAGGGUAUUGUGACUUGAACCUCGAGAAGGUAGUAAAUUAAGUUUCUUGAACUCAGUAGCUAAAAGUUGGCCUGUUGGGAUGUGAAUUGGCGACGGAGGCGUCCCACUCCAGUAGCUAUUAUAGUAAGAUCCAAGGGAUUCUUACUAUAGGGGAUCCAUAGAAACACAAAGUAUUGAGCCAGUGCAUGGCAUAGGUAAUAUUCGGCUUUGAAGGGACUGAGAUGCUUGGAGAGACAUGUUUGAACUUGAAAGACCUUCAUAACAUUCAGUAAUGUAUUUUCUUGAAUUUUGGUCCCCAGUGGUACUUUUUACACUUAUCUUAGGACUUUGUUCUAUUCCAGCAUAGGUGAGUGAUUAGUCACAAUUUGUCCACACUUCCCGCUGCAUUUCCCCAGGGAAAACCACUCUUUUGUGCUUGAUCGGAGCAAAUGGCAAUUUGGGUUGGGUUGCUAAAGAGCAGUUUUCCCUGGAGGAAAGCAGCAGGACAAGAGGAAAUGUGGAUAAGCCCCUAGACAAAAUAUGAUUCCCCACUCACCUGUGUUGGGAGCGUGGCAGGGUCUGAAUACCUUCCACAUACCACCUGUACCCUUAAUCUUGCUAUGAACGCCUAUACUGGAACUUGCCCCACUCUGCUUUCAUUCCCCAAGUGUUCCUGCUGGUGAGGCAGCACUACCAGGAAGGUCUCACUGGAGGUUUCAGGCUGAGGCUGCCUUUGCUCCCUUGUGGUGCUAGGGCAUGCAUCCAGACACGAGGAGCCCUGGGACACAUAGCAUAUUUUCCCCAGGGUCUCUGGUGUGUGUGGUGCUUAAGGACCACCUUCCCCUUACCCAGCCCCAGUACUUCCCUAAGAUUAUCAGAGGAAAACUUGCUGGUAAUGCUGCAACCUGCUGAGUGUCAUCCAGCGACAGUCUGGAAGUGGCCCUUCUCCAUAGUGGCAUCUACCCUCUGAAUGCCAUGCUCCGCAAUUUUUCAGGAGGCACUGACUGUUGGGUAUUUCCACCAUUGAUCAGUUUAGCUUGCCUUUCUUCAAAGAAGCAGGAUUUGUUAGAUAUUCAGUGGCUACCAAUUAUGCCCUAGUGGUUAGGACAUGUUGCUAAAGUCACAGAGCUUUCCACCCCUCUUUUUGGCAAUAAUGAGAGUCAGAAACAUGAAAUAAAGUGUCUGUCCUGGAUUUGUUUUUCCCACAGUUACUUUGGCGUUACUGUGCUUUUUUAUUGGGCCCUUACUUCCUCCCUUACAUCACUGCAUCAUUUGAUUAUAUCUCAGGGUGUCAUUGUCUUCCUUGGUACAAAAUUAUUUUGUCCCUUGCAGAAGGUACCAACGAGGAACACGUGGCAAGGAGGAACGUUUGUCCCUGGAAGACACUUGUAGCUUAUUCCACUUGUUGUUUAUUCUCACUCCAUUUGGUACAGAAGCACACUUGCAUGUAAAUAAAAGUGCUGUUUACAGUCAAUGUUAAACUCACAGUAACUCAACCAGGAACUGAAGGGGGCUCAAUAACCUUGCGUCUGACAGCUGCUCCAAAACCCCUGCUCUUAACAUAUUUGAACUUCUUGUGUAUAUCUGUUCUGUGCAGAGCCAGGUUCAAAUCGCUUUACUAUCCAUGUGAUGUGGCUGAAACUCUUUUAAGUGCUGGGCUGGGCUUGUGAUGGAAAGCCUGUAAUGUAGCUGGUGGUGACCUUUUCCAUUUCACUGAGAACAUAAUCUGACUACUUACUCUUCCUAUUAUAUGUCCUAUUUUCUAUGUUUAUUAAAGCAUCUCUGGAAGGGUGGUUAGGCAAGGGAGUUCAUUACUGGGCAUGACCUGUUCCAUUGCUCCAUUUCUGUUGGUUCCCCUCUCAUAAGACACUCUACAUUGUGGCACAUUGGCUUAUAAAGUGAGAGCAUUCAAGGAACUAGAAACCUCAAUAAACUAACCAGGUCCUUGUUACUGUCACACAUUUGCUGCCCUACACAACAGUAGCCUUGUCCUCCAUAGUGUUGAGUAUGUAGGUAACACUGCAUCUUAGUCACUGCUCUAAGGGUGCUGCCUAAGUGACAAAGCAGUCCUGGAAAUGUUGCCAUUGCAUGAGCUUUGAAGUAUCAUUGUCUCCCUGAUGUGUCUGUAAGGCAGACCAGACCAGGCCAUGUGCAUAAUGGCUGUAAAAUAUAACAUAACAAAAAGCCAUAGCUAAUACACUCCUCUACACAUAAUUUCUUAAGAUGUACAGUCUGAGGCAAGGUGCAGAAGAAAAAUAAAGGAGCCAUGUAUAGAGUUUGUAAAUAAGCCUGGCUAUAUUAUAAAUUUGUACUGGUAUUUUUCUGUAUAUUUGCAAUAUUUGGGUUAGAAAUAAAGACAAAAAUUGGGCUUUUA